AUGUCCGACCUCGACACCUUCACCCUCCUCCCCCUCAAGCUCGACCCGCAGUCCAAGGCCGUCUCCGCGACGCACCCGGGCGCCAACCCGGCCCUGGACACGGAGCUCUCGACCCUCAACGCCCUGCACCGCGCCCUCCUCUCCCUCGACACGCCCUCCUCCGUCCCGCCGCCGCCCAUCCCCGUCAACCCGAAGCGCACGGCCAACGUGGUCAAGCUGCGCGACAGCGGCAACGGCGAGUUCCGCAAGGGCAAGUACGCCGAGGCGAUCAAGUUCUACACGCUGGGCCUGCAGAUGGCGCUCACGCGGCCGCUGUGGGAGCCGCAGCAGCUCGUGCGCGAGGAGGUGGCGGCGCUGUACAGCAACCGCGCGCAGGCGCACAUGGCGACGCAGGGGUGGGCCGAGGGCGCCGUCGACGCCGAGGCCAGCGUCGAGGCCCGCCGGAUGGGCAACGCCAAGGCCUGGUGGCGGCGGGGCAAGUGCCUGAUGGAGAUGGGCCGGUACGAGGAGGCGCGGGAGUGGGUGGGCCGCGGGCUCGAGAUGGAGGGCGAGGAGGCCGAGCUCGUGGCGCUGCUGAAGGAGAUCGAGGGCCGGUUCGAGAGGGUCAAGGCGUAG